UAAGCUUGAACGCAGUGUUUUUCAACCUACAUCGACUAAACAUCAUGUAAAAUCGCCUCGUCUUGAACGCAGUCAUGAUGCAGUUAAGCGUCUCGAAUGAAACCAAGGAUCUCGAAGAAUCCGUCUAUUUCAAGAAGUACACUCUCGCGGUUUUCGGGGAUUCUGGAGUGGGAAAAAGUUCCAUUGUCCGUCAUCUUGUGGGUGAGAAGUAUAUACCCGAUCACUUGCCUACGGUUGAAGAAUUCUACAUUAAGCCAAUAACUCACAGAAACAGAGCUUACGAGCUUCAAAUCAUCGACACAUCAGGAACGUACGAGUUUCCUGCCAUGAGAAGAAUUGCUAUCCAUAAGGCCGACGCAGCAGUUUUGGUGUAUUCUCUGGACAAGCCAGAAUCCUUCACGAAGCUGGAAAGAUACAUGGAUGAAAUCGAGAGCUGUUGCGCCGAAAGAAACCGGAAAAUUCCUGUCAUUAUUGUGUCUAACAAAUCAGAUAUUCCUAAUUUGUCGGAGCCAACGUUUGUCAACGCGAAUGGACUAAAAAUUAGCGCGUGUGUCUACCUGGAGGGGAAAUUUAAGUGCCAAUGGCUGGCUACUUCGGCCAAAUUCAAUCUCAACAUUGAUUCGAUAUUCCACAAAAUGUUGGACAAACUGAGUCCGGAUAAAAACUUAGUAAGGAAGAAAAGUAGUAUCCUUAAGCAAAUUCUGCGUUAACUCGACGCUAACAUUUUCAACUUCUAAGGAAAUAUUGCCGAGCGUAUACGAUAUGUUGCCCAUGCAUCGCCGGUAUUCGGCGAAAAUACAUCCAUAAGCGCUUCAUUUCAAUUAACAGAGACUGAAUUACGUCAGUCCAUUUGUAAUAAUAGUUCAUGUCAAUGCUAUUCCAUUAUAGUUUGCUCUGUUUUUUCAUGUUUGUCUAGAAAUCGCCACUCGUGUUGUAGCACAGUAUAAAAUUGGUACUUACGUGUAAAAGGUGGCAGAUUUCAAAACAGUUAUAUUCAUUUGCACUUACUCAAUCGGAAAAAAUCGCUAAACUUACAAAAUUUAUAUGAUUUCAUAAAGCCCAGAUCUCAGAGGCAAUAGUUAACGAUCAGCUGAGAGUCAUAGUUCCAUCUUUGAACAGAAUAAUUUCUCGUGUUACAAACUAUGAAAAAAACCCCGGAAAUUUACAAUUUCAGGGGUGUUCUUCGAAAUUAGGUCCUCAGACUCAACAGAGUAGACUCUCGAAAUUGUUUCCUCGGUGUUUUGAGCAGUUAAACUGACUGAUUUUUAAAAUGACAGUCGACGAGAAGGAUUGAAAACAGUUGUUGUUGUGCGAUGUUUACGCAAGACCUAGUUUAUAUCUUCCUGUACAUAUCUUUAUCUCCCAGGAUUAACGUUAUCCUCGUCUCGGGAUAUCCUUUUGGAAAUUAGGUUUGUUCGGAAUUAAUUGAUCUUUUCCAAUGAAAUAAUUAGUUUUCUUUUUGUGUGAAAUUAUAUGCUUUAUGGUGGUUUUUGAUAACAUGGCAUGCCUGACUUAAAUUAAACGAUGUACAAAGGUUGCCAUUUGUUGUGGAACGGAAGACAUGGGCUCAGAUAACUAAGGUUGGUGUCAUUUUGGGCAUAAUACUAUAUUCAGAGCAUCGAGAAUAA